CCCUGAAAACAUGUGAUAGAAGAUAGGUACGGAAUACAACUCUACAACAACAAAGUCAAUGAGAAGAAGUUUUAUGAUAUACGAGUAUCAACCGUUAAUCCAAUCUUUUACAUAGGUACAUACCUACAUGAUGACUUUACGAUUCCUCAUUUGAAAGAUCUUCUUGCUAUGAGCUUCAAAACACCCGAAUUCAAUUUUGCAUCUCAAUUGAUAAAAUUCAGUCGCUUUACCAAUGUAACUUAACGAAUGUAGCUGGCCCCUUUUAUUAGACCAAAAUCACAUGAAGCCAUUACAUAGCAUAUACACCGAGGCUUCUAUUUAACAUUCUACGGUAACUGAUAUGGCUCUCCUUGAAGGGUACGGGUUAGCUUGGCUCGGGUUACUCGGGAUACUACUCUACUAUCAAUUCACUUUACGGACCCCAACUAUUCGACGGAAUGGGGCUCCCUUGAGAAAGCCGCCAAAUACCCUACCCAUCGUAGGUAAUGGAAUCCUCUUUCUUCGGCCACGCCAGAAGCUAUUUUCUUGGUUCGUCAAGUGCGAAAGGCGGUUUGGCAACGAGACGUUCCAAAUCAGCGUACCCACCCUACCUCCAGGCGUGGUCAUCAAUGAUCCCAAGAACCUAGACUAUGUCUUUAAAAACGAGGGUGUCUUCUCCAAAGGCGACUUCUUCAAGGGACUCUCUCGGGACUUGUUUGGGAACGGAAUCAUUAAUGUUGAUGGUGAGCUAUGGAAAGCUCAGAGGAAAGCCGGCCUGGCCUUUCUCAACACUUCCAACCUACGAGUCUUGACAGACAUAGCGCUGCCGCGGUAUCUCGGCCGCGCUGUAGAACAUGUGCAAGUGCAGGCCCGUGCCAGGAAAGUCGUAGACCUGCAAUCCGUAUUUCACGAGAUUACGAGUCAGCUUAUGGGAAAGAUGGCUUAUGAUAUGGAGAUGCAUGCCAAUGAUGAUUUCACUGUUGCAUUUGAUUAUGCCUCAGGCGCGACUACUGAACGCUUUCAGAACCCGCUGUGGUUCAUUAAAGAGCACUUCGCCGGUUCUAAGUUCAGAGAAGCACUGCAUACAGUCCGUACUUUUGGUUACACGAUUGUAGACAGUGCUGCGAAUUCAAAUACCAAGAAACAGAAUGACAGGUACACACCGGAACUGACACCGGAUAGGCUAGAUGAAGUUUCCGGCAGCUUAAUACAGUCGUUAUUGCAAGUUUUUGGCGACAACCGGGAAAUCGUAUCUGAUUCUGCCUUAAACUAUUUAUCUGCUGGUAGAGAUACUGUUGCCCAAGCACUAACGUGGUGCAUAUAUCUCCUUAUGCAACAUGAAUUCGUCAUGGACAAGAUUCGGAACGAAGUACGGACGUUACUCGACAACACCCAGGAGCCAUUACUACCAUCUGAUAAUAAAGGGAAUAUCAACUCGAGCAUCCUCACGCCCUCGUCGCUACCAUACACCAUGGCAACAUUUUACGAAACACUCCGACUCUACCCACCAAUCCCUUUCGAAAUCAAGCAGUGCGAAAAAUCAACCACGCUACCCGACGGUACUUUUCUCCCAGAAAAGUCCAUAGUAUUUUGGUGCACCUGGGCCAUGAACAGGUCCAAAAUAAGCUGGGGAGACGACGCAGACUCCUUCCGGCCCGAAAGAUGGCUUACGGAAGAUGGAAAACUAAUCACGAAGAGCGCUGCCGAGUUCCCGGUUUUCAACGGCGGCCCGCGAUUGUGUCUCGGGAAACGGAUGGCGGAACUAUUAGCUGCCCAGGUCAUCCCAACGAUGGUGUUGAUGUUUGAUUUCACGCCAGCCUACGGGGGCGAGAGAGUUAGCAAGAGCAGUCUUACUUUGCCGAUGAAGGGCGGAUUGCCAUGUCUUGUGAAGUCUAAAUCUUGAGUAUAUCCCCCCUAACAUGUGAAGGAGAUUGCUUCAGCUAUUUCCUAUCUAUCAUAUAGGUUUAACCCCACUCCUGCCCCCUUUCUUGGUUUUGGUACUCUGAAGGAUCUUUUCAGAGGCAGGUCCAAGUCAACUAAGAGGAUCAAUACUGCGCAGGCAGGUAGUCUUGAUAUCAUCAUUAAUUCUAAUUAAUCAGGCAAUACCUCUUUCUCGUUAAUGGGAUAUAUGCAUUUGAGGGGUCAGUGGGAUUUGUUUACCGUCCAAGUCCACAAUAGGGAG